GUUCGAGUUCCUGUUUUUAAUUUCCGGACAGUGACUGUUUGCUUCUUUUAGUACAUUUUAAAAGCAUAUAUUGACACUUCAUCGCAGAGUCGUUAGAGUGACAGAUCUAAAAGAUAUCUUCAAUUGUACCGAAUUGAUCACGGAUGUUUGGAUAUUAGUAAGCAUGGAUGUUAUAUAGACUACUAUGUGAAUUAGUUCUUCCUCUUUACGCUUUCAUUCUGUGGCCACCGGAAUGUAGAAACGUAUUGCGAUGACAGUAUAGAGCGACAGGAGAUGAAUAUAUUAUUAAGAAAAUAACGUGUUGACAUUCAGUUUGAAAUGUUAAGUAUAUCCAAUCAAUUUAUUAGUAUUGAUGUUAUGGUGAUGAUGAGUCUAUUUCCGAUGACGUACACAUGGGCUCUUUGCUACAUAUAUUUUCUUUGCUACAUAUAUCUACUUGUACAAACAAAGCAAGGUUACUAUGUUUGUGCUUUCGGUCGACAUCUGUGGUGUAGGUAAAGUUGCGGUGGAAAACACUACACGGAUGAUUUUAAAAGUUUGAGGUGUGCCAGUGGUUGCCUAGCUAGCUAACUGUCAGUCCACUGAAAAUUGCCAGCAAGAAAAGUGUCACCUUAGUCAGAAAAUCGCCUCCUGUGAAAAGGCAAAAGUGAAAGAAACAAAGAAGGAAGGAAAGAAAAAGAAAACGAUUGAAAAGAUGUUCUCACCCUGACAUGCUGUAAUUUUUUUUAAUGUUAAGUCAAGAGGUUACAUAUUCAGAUGUUAGAAUUUUGUAAUAGCACAAAAUUAAGAAAUUAACUCUGUAAAAACCAGCCUGGUCUGCCCUAUAUUUCUUGAUGGUAAAAUAAACAGCAACAUUUGUGUGACACUCAGAAACUUACAUCUGCAUAUGUUUCUAUUUUGUAUAUUUGUUUACUUCACUCUGUCUCAAAGUCAUUUUUGUUUCAUGGCAAGUACCAAUGCAUUUAAAAAAAAAAAAAUAGAAAUAAAAUAAAAAUCAUAAUUGGCUAAUAUAAUAGGCUUUUUAAUGACAGGUUUCAAUUGAGUCACCUUACUACACUGAUCAAUGAAAAAAUUCUACAAGACUGCAAGCUCAAAGACAUUUUGAUCUUUGUUAUUUUUAAAUCACUUCAUUCAUAACUGCUAGAUGGAGGAGGCAUAUGCAGCACUGUACCAGGAGUUUGUCCGUCUCCAGUCACUCUGCUUAAAACAAGCAGCAAUAAUACAACAUCUCUCUGACACAAUACAACGACAGCAAGGUUUGGCCACGAUUCCAGCUAGGAACUUUGAGAAGCCGUGUCAAAGCAUAGAGGAAAACUCAGGACACCUGCUCCAUCCUAAAGAAUGUCAUGAACAAGAGUUAAGACAUCCCACUGGACCACACAUACUGGACUCUCAAACUGGUAAUGAUCUCAGUCAUAUUGACAGAGGACUAAACCAACUGCAUUUUAACCUGGAUGUUCCAGAUCAGAAACAGGGUAACCGUGAUAAAGCAGAAUUCCACAACCCUGUAGAGACGACAGAAAACAGUGCCUGGGAUGACCUGAGAAGAGUUGAACAACAUUAUUAUGCUAACCAGACUUCACAAAGGCUGCGGAGGCCCUGGUCAUCUUCCUUUCUGGACAGUGAGUUGGUCAGUCAAGCCGGAGGACUGUUCAUGUCUGGAGUCACGCUGCAGUCGCAGGUGUGCGAGUUCUGUCACGCUGUAUUUCCUGGACACACAAGCACCCGCGGAGAGUUUCUGCGUCACCUCACUACACAUAUGACUUGAAGAAAAGCAAUGAUGGGAAUCAAACUCAUUAAAAAUGAAGAAGAGAUGACAGGUGAGCACACUCAUAAUGUCAGUAAUGGACAAUAGUAUAUUUUAUUUUAAAACCAUUUGAGCUUUGGUCAGUGAUGAUCAAGAUUUUUUUUCUAUUAAAUUGAACAGCACACAAAGCUGUAGUGCAAAUGCUUAGUAUGAUAAAUCAAGAAGAACAACAAAAACAUAUUUGUUUUUUAAUUUAUCAUGUUAUGAAUUAUCUCCUGUUAUUAUCUUAUAAUUAUUUGGUUACAUCACAAAAAGUGUCUGUUUUGAACCAGUAGAAUUGGUAUAAAUAUAUAAUUAUUAUAUAUUAGAAUGAUUUACUGUUUUUACCCAAAUGCUGCAUUUUCACUACCAUAAACCACAUGAUAUGAGUACAGUGCUGUCCUGCAAUUACAGAUUAAAUACAGUGGAAAAUGUUAGUAUGUGAGAAAUCAAUGGAUCAUACCAACAUGUAGCAUGAAUACUGUAAAACCUCAUUAGUUUAUCAGUGGUUGUGUUUACAUGUACACCAAUGCUAUAAUUGACAACAAGGCAUCAGCGGAUAAAGAUGCUUAAAUGACAUGGGCAAAUGUCUUUAGUCUUGUUUACGUGCUACUUAAUGUUAAUUUUUAGUAUUCACAAAAGAUUGUGUUUCAUUGCUUUAAAACAUCAAACUUGAAGGCACUCCAGUACACAUGGACAUGCUUACCAGUUAUCCUGCCUCCUAUUUUUGUAGACACAACACUUGUAGUAUAUCUGUUUCAGUUUCUUGAGAAAGCUAGCCUAAAGGGAUAGUUCACUGAAAAAUCUGUUGUUCCAAAUCUGUGAUUUCCUUUUUUUCUGAAAAACACUUGAAUAUUUUGUCUUUUGUCACAAGGAUUCAAUACAACACUGGACUCCUUUGAUUUUGAUUUCAUAUGGACAAAAAAGCAUUGCAAAAUAACUUUCAAUAUAUCCUCUUUUGUGUUCCACAGAAUAAAGAAAUUUAUUGGCCUAAAGGUUUUGAAUGACA